AGUGUUUUUGUUUGGCCUCAGCGAUCCGAUCUGACGUCGUGCUGGUCGCCAUGGCUCGCGUCGCUGCACUCUGCAUCUUGGCCGCGGCCCUGUGCAUGCUCCGAAACAUCGCCUUUGUCUCAGCGCCUGCGCGCACCACCGCAGACCCCGCAGUGGCAGCUGGCGCAGCGGUGUUGGCCACCGUGCCAAUGGGAGCAGAUGCCUUCGUCUUCAAGGGCAAGGAGUACUUCGAUGUCUUCUAUGGCAUUGAGCCUCUGGCCUGGGCCUUCUGCGGAUUUGUCAUUGUCUACUAUGGUGCUGUGGUGAAGAACGCCGCGCAAAAGUACAACGUCCCCAUCCAGAAGAUUCCUCCCAAGGUCGGAACCUUCGUCGGCAAGGAGGUUGAGGUGGAGGUCUUGAACAGGCGUGGCAUCCCGAAGCAGUGAGGCAGCCCCUUCUUUCGGAGCCUUUCUACGCCCCGCCCAAGCCCCGCCGUCGGCCCGGCCUGGCACCAGUCAGUGAAGCGCUCCAAAGGUAGCGAGCAAAAGAAGCGCUUAACAUCGGGGUUGAGGUUCCUUCACGCUAUGCCAGCACCAUCCUUGCAACUGCGAAACAUGUUUGCACCUGUUGACUACUUAAGUUAAGUGUUUAGAGAAGAGAGGACGGACAUAGGAGAUAUGUAGACCAACACGUUCAGUUUGGCACUCCAGGCUCCCUAUGUGGAUCCUUUCCAUUAGCUGUCGUUUCGCG